CCCGCUCUGACGUCAUGACGUAGCAGCUGCUGCUGCGAGAGGAGGACUCGGAGGCGAGAAGCCGCAGCCGGUACUGGAGUCAGUGCUGGAUCCGCCGUGUUCCGGGGCUGUGUGACCGGGGAGCGAUGCUGUGCAGCUCACCCGUCACCCCAAUGAAGACUGCGCUGGGUCACUCAUUCCAAAGCAGAGCGGUGUCCUGCCAUAGGAUUGGUGUUGAACAGAGAGGAAAUUAAAUGUCCGGCUUCAGUCCCUAGUCAUACAUCUGUGUGAGGACCUAGAAGGAGGAGGAAGCCGGGAUCGCGACAAUUGAUAGGCCAAUGAGCACAGCCUCUCCAUUCUUAUGUCAUCGACGUAUCUUUGUCCACACAUCUUGCGGGUUUAUUCCAUUCAUUUUAAGAUAAAAUAACUUUGUGGCCGAACGGCUGAUUGCGCAGAGAUCUGAGCAUCAGAUACCGCGAGGGGGGCAUGGUUGAUGUUUUCUGAUGGAUGCCACUGGCAGUGACGGCCUCUGCGAUGAUGGAGAACCAGCUGGUGCCGAGGGGAAGAGGUUGCUGGAUGGGGAACAGAAGGCUUCCAAGGGCUCACACUUUGACAACAUCAAUGUGAUCGGCCAGGGGCUGAAGCAUCUGUUUCAGCCGCAGAGGCGGCGCUCCUCCGUCUCCCCCCAUGAUAUUCAGCAAGCGCAGCUGGAGCCCGAUCCAGAACCGGAUCACGUACAGGGAUCGGAAGUGGACGAUGCCAAUCAGCCCACAGCUCUGAACCGCGUCCUGCAGCAAAUCCGCGCCCCUCCUAAAGUGAAGAGAGGAAGCAGCCUCCAGCAAAACCGCAAGGGCAAGACCCGGGGGAGCCCGCAGAUCGGCCGCCGUUCCGCACAGGACAUAAUGGCGGUUCUCUCGCACCCUGCGCGGCCGCGAUCUUCUUCCACCACGGAUGCGCACGCUGCCUCCGCUGCUCUGGACGUAUCCAGCACCUCUUACUUGUCCCGGGAGGACUCGGCUGAGAAGAUCGAUCGGUUGGAAGGGGGCGGCCUCUCUCAGGCAUCCAGCAUGGUGUCCUCGGGGGCGGACGGCAUGCUGGCCACGGACACGGACGGGACGCUUGACCCGCAGCGCACCAAGGCGGCCAUCCUGCAGCUGCAACAGAAAAUCCUCAAACUGACCGAGCAAAUAAAGAUCGAGCAAACCGCCAGGGACGACAACGUGGCCGAGUAUCUGAAGCUGGCGAACAACGCGGACAGGCAGCAGGGCGCACGCAUCAAGCAGGUGUUUGAAAAGAAGAACCAGAAGUCUUCACAGAACAUCCUCCAUCUGCAGAAGAAGUUGGAGCACUAUCACCGCAAGCUGCGCGAGGUGGAGCAGAACGGAAUCGCACGACAACCCAAGGAUGUCUUACGGGACAUGCACCAGGGACUGAAGGACGUGGGGGCUCGAGUGACGGGUUUCAGCGAGGGGGUAGUGGACAGUGUUAGGGGAGGGUUGUCCAGUUUCUCACAGGCCACUCACUCGGCAGCGGGGGCCGUUGUGUCUAAACCCCGGGAGAUUGCGUCCUUGUUACGUAACCGCUUUGGUAGCAGUGACAAUAUUUCAUCCCUGGAUGAUCCCUCAGGUCUGUCUUCCACCCAGGGAGAGGAAGUAAUACAUGGGAAGAGUCUCGUUAACAUGCUCCAAGCCAGUCCUAAAUAUGGAAGUGAGGAAGACUGUUCCAGUGCUACGUCUGGGUCACUGGGCGCGAACAGCACCAGUGGGGGGCCAGCUGGUGGAGGGGGCGGAAGCUCACGAACAAACACCUUGGACGUGCAAGGAUUGAUGGGGUUCGAAAUGGUGAUUCAUGAGAUCCAGGAAAUGCGGGAAGCCCAGAGUCAGCUGGAAGACUCAUUAGAAGGACUGAGGACUCGUUAUCAGAGUGACUACUCCUUCAUUCUCCAGUCACUGCAGGAGGAGCGGUACAGGUGCGAGAGACUGGAGGAACAACUUAAUGACCUGACCGAGCUUCAUCAGAAUGAGAUCCUCAACUUGAAGCAGGAGCUGGCCAGUAUGGAGGAGAAAAUUGCCUAUCAGUCCUACGAGAGGGGGCGGGAUAUCCAGGAGGCGCUGGAGGCUUGUCAGACCAGGAUUUCCAAAAUGGAGCUCCAGCAACAGCAGCAGCAGGUGGUGCAACUGGAGGGCCUGGAAAACGCAACGGCCAGGAACCUGCUGGGAAAACUCAUCAACAUACUUCUGGCGGUCAUGGCGGUGGUGCUGGUGUUUGUGUCCACUGUGGCCAACUGUGUGGUCCCGUUACUGAAGACCCGCGGCCGGACGUUGGGGACGCUGCUCCUAGUCCUGCUGGCCGCGCUUCUUUAUAAACACUCGGAUUCUUUCUCCGGAUACCUGGAGCGACUGCUCUCACCUCCGAGAUAACUGGACUCUUCCCCCACCCCUGAGUCUGGGGCACGGAUGGUACAGUCUUCUACUUAAAGACAGUGGGAGAGCCCAUCUUGCUUGGGCUGUGGGGGGGGGGGGUUGCUAUUUCUGGGGACUGGUACAAGAAGUUCCUGUUUGAGGCCAUGUUUCAGUUAGGUAACUGCCAAUUCACAGUGCCCCACCCUCCGCACGCCUUAAAAUCCAGGAGGGUCACGCUGGGCAUUUUGCACCACCCCACUCCCAACAUAAGUAAUGUUGCCCCCUUUGGAACUUGUAGUUACUGGGGAGCAUGGUGGGGAGGGGGAUGUGAGAGUGUACGGUUUACAUUGUAUGAAAGAAUUUUGGACAUUUUUGUGUUUAUUUUGGAUUUCUCCCCAUGACUGAAGGACAUUUGCUGCAAUACCGUUCCUUCCCUACGCCCAUUCCCUGUGAGCCAGUCUCUGUGCCUUCAGGGCCUGUGUUACGGGACAGCUCUGACUGCAGCAAGGCAUGCUGGGAGUUACCUGGAGCCUGGACUGUACAAAUGGACAUUGUGUUGUAGCGUAAGGCACUCUGACCUGCUUCUGCCACCCUCCUGACCCAGAACACAUCCACUCUACCAAGUGCCUUAUUGCUUCUGUUCCUCGGGGGAGGGGGCAUUUCAGCACCUUGCAUUACAUUACAGACGCUAAGAGGUCAAUAGGUGGCAAAUGGGUUAAAGGGGAAUCCUAACUGCCUUUACACUGAAUCUGUGGACGCCAGUCGCCCCUCUCCGCCGCCUCUUCCUUCGGAACCUUUUAUUUUACUGGAGUAGAGCCUGUACGCAUCAAUCUGCUAUUUAAUGCACCGCAGGCUCCUCCAGCUGCACAUUCCUUGCAACAGUAGGUGGUCCUUCUACUAUAACUCCACAGAGAAGAGGGGCGACUGACGUCUCUGCGGGGAUCCAUGGGUGACGGGGAGGACUAGCGACUCCGUCAAUAAUUCACAGCCACCCCUUUUGCUGCUCGGGCUGUCACCUACUUAACGUGGCGUCUUGUAUAAAAAAAAUAAUGUGAGAGCAGUAUUUGAGUUUUGUUUAUUUUGUGGUUUCUUGAAUUAUUAUUUUUUUAUUUUCCGGUAGCCGUUCAGCCAUUGUCUGCCAGAGGGGUCCUACUGCACCUUCCAACUUUCUCUGGCAGAGAGACGCGUGAAUAACACUUGGCUGCACUUUUCCGAGACACGCACGUGCUGCUGCCACUAGGGGGAGUGGGAGAGGCUGGGGGUGGGUGUGAGAGCAGCUCUCAUUUGGUACAGUGUCGUCGCUGUAAGUAUUCCCCUCCUGUCCCGUAUGGAGGCUUGUUAUAAAUUGUUUAAUAUUUUAAUUAAUAUUAUUUGGAGUGAGAGGGGAGGACUCAUUGAAUAAAAGUAAUGUUUUUAAAGGAAAA